GCCCUGCAAAGGAUUACGGCACGCAAGGAAGCGCCACACGCGUGGGGAGUUCCGACGCCAGCUGCCCAGCUUCCGACGACGAUACGGCACCAACCUUUCUCGUUUCCCACCCUGGCCCAAUAUCGUGCGCAAUCCAACAGAAGUUGAUGCCAAGAGCAACAUAUAUUUGUUAAAAACGCACAGGGGACCGAACGAGGUCAGGCAGCCCUCACACCAAGUUGACGAUAUCACGAUUCCUCGCUGCGUUGAGGCUUGUUUGCCUCGAAUCGCAUAAGCGAGCUUGGCAGGAGCACCACUACCGAUCGACACGCUCGUAGCGCACGCUCGAGCGCAAUUGCAAGCAUGCGCAGCUCUAUGCGCACGCCCGCGGCGAUGCUCGCGUUCGUAGCGUUUGUCGCAGCUACAGCGAUAGGUGGCGCGAUGGCGACCGGCGACCCCAAGCACAACGACGACUGCGUGUGCACCACGCUGUGGGCGCCCGUGUGUGCCGACGGCAAGACCUACGGCAAUGCCUGCGAGGCAGCGUGUGCGCGCAAGGCCGUCAACUACCAGGGCCCUUGCGCCGACCCCUCCGGCUGUGCCGCGGUCAUGUGCACCGAGGAAUACAAGCCCGUGUGCGGCAACGACAACGUCACCUACAGCAACCAGUGCAAUGCGGAGUGCACGGGAGUAUACAUCCAGUAUGAGGGCGAGUGCGGAUCUCCUGUCAAGCCCAUCGGCGAUGACACCUUCCCCACGUGCCCGCCCGCUGGCCCCGGAGUGCAGUGCCUGGUCGACCCCUGCAGCGUGGUCCGUCAGGCCGGCAGCACCGUCUCCGCCUCCCGCGCAGUCUGCGCCUCCGCACCCUCGGCCGUCUGCCACUCCAACUACUGCGCCGAGGCGGUCUACCGCGGCACGCCGCUGGCCCCCUGCACCGCCGUGUGGGUGGACCCCAACACGGGUGACAUCGUAAAGUGCGACGACAGCGUUCACGCCGGUGGCGGUGUGGGCAGCGGUGGCAGCGGCAGCACCGGCGGCGGCGGUCCUACCGAGGGCGGCGAGCAGCCGGCCGACUGCGUAUGCCCGUUCAUCUACGCGCCCGUGUGUGCCAAGAAGAACGGCAAGCUGUCAACUUACUCCAACGCCUGUACGGCCAGGUGUGACGGCGCCCGGGUCAAGUACCAGGGCGCCUGCGCCGACGCCAGCGGCUGCGCCGCCGUCACCUGCCCGGCGCCUUCCGAUGAUCCUAAGGCCGACCUCGUGUGCGGCAACGACGACGUGGAGUACCCCAAUGAGUGCCUCGCCUCCUGCACUGGUGUGACUUUCCGCAAGGGCGCCUGCGGCGGCAGCAGCAGCGGCGGUGGCAGCGGCAGCGGAGACGGCGAGUCCGGCGAGGAGACUGAGCAGCAGUUGCCGACUGGCGUGUGCGCGUGCAACAAGAUGCUCGCGCCCGUGUGCGGCAAGAAGGACGGCAGACUCACCACUUACUCCAAUGAGUGCAUGGCUACGUGUGACGGCGCCUCUGUCGCCUACGAGGGCCGCUGCGCCGACGCCAGCGGCUGCGCCGCCGUCACCUGCCCCGCGCCUUCCGAUGAUCCCGAGGUUGCCAAGGCCGACCUCGUGUGCGGCAACGACGGCGUGGAGUACCCCAAUGAGUGCCUUGCCUCCUGCACCGGCGUGAGUUUCCGCAAGGGCGCCUGCGGCAGCAGCAGCGGCGGUGGCAGCGGCAGCGGAGACGGCGAGUCCGGCGAGGAGACUGAGCAGCAGUUGCCGACUGGCGUGUGCGCGUGCAACAAGAUGCUCGCGCCCGUGUGCGGCAAGAAGGACGGCAAACUCACCACUUACUCAAAUGAGUGCAUGGCUACGUGUGGCGGUGCUUCCGUCGCCUACGAGGGGCGCUGCGCCGACGCCAGCGGCUGCGCCGCCGUCACCUGCCCCGCGCCUUCCGAUGAUCCCGAGGUUGCCAAGGCCGACCUCGUGUGCGGCAACGACGGCGUGGAGUACCACAAUGAGUGCCUCGCCUCCUGCACCGGCGUGACCUUCCGCAAGGGCGCCUGCAAGGCGGCCGCCGACAGCGGCGCGGCCAAAGGCGGAAAGAAGGGUGGCCGCAAGCCCGGCCGCAACCCCGGCGGCCGACGCAUGAACCCGCCGCCUGCCGGCGGCAACAGCAACGGCAGCGGCGGCCCCAAGGGCAAAAUUGAUGCGUCCAAGUGUGAGGCGUGCGCCGGCGAGCCCCUGAGCCCAGUGUGUGGUGCCAAGUUUGGCAUCACCUACGGCAAUGGCUGUCUGGCGCGCUGCUCCGGCGAGACGCAGUACACCGAGGGCGAGUGCGCCAAGCCGUAGAAGGCUAGCUGCGUGCGGAGGCGCGUGGCUAGCUGGUUGAUCGGUUGGCUCAGGCUGGCUGGUUGGUUUGGCCAUGUCGCUUGUUGGUUGUAAAGGUCUGAAGUUUUGUAGAGGAGAAUAUUCGGCGAAAGGAAGAAAUGGGCACGGCGGCUUUCACAGUCAGGGUGGUUUACAGGCGUGUCUGUCUGCCCGUCGCUCACUUUGGUGAGACAUGAGACACUAACUGUACACACAGCUGGUCUGGUUGGAAGGGAGGACGUCGGGAUAAUACACAUUUAUGUGGUCCAAGGGCGCACGCUCCAAUGCUCCAUCUCGGCACGGGAGCAGUCCCCAGCACAACCUGCAUUGCGUCUGAACUUGAGGUUAUUUGCGCCGUGAGAUGUCUUGUGCCGUACCAGUCCUACGGCACCUUAGUAGGGGGGUUUGAGCACGUGAGGUCGUGCCUCGUGACUAGCCUGUGGGGCAGACGGCAUGCUGUUGGUCAUGGAGGAGAUGAGGAAAGGUCGGGUCGUGUGAUGCAUUCGUGCGGCCGUGCGGGGAGGAUGGGGGCUUACGGCUACCCGUGCUGCCCCAGUAGCAAGUACGGUGUCAGGCAUUAAUUUUGGCGAACGACAUUGAUUUGCGGCAUGAUGCCGGUACACGCAUCCCACGCUGUAACAUUCAUCACCUACCAGGGAUUGCUGGAUUACCACCUUGGCCUUGUGGGAACGUGUACCGUAUGGGGGGGAGUGGAUCAGGUUCGGGGGUUCUGAAGUAACUGACUGUACGAACGCGGGGUGGGCAUAGUGGCGCAGGUACCCGAUGGGUGUCGGUCAGAUGCCCAUGGAGACGCCCUGUGCCACAGUCAUGGCAGCAGCAGCACGCCGUGACCCAGGUCCCAGAGUGACGUAGAGCCAUGGCCCGUCACCCGUGGCCAGUCGCCCGCCCAGAAAGA